ACUGUCAAAUGUCAUUACAGUUUGUACAGUGGGUCUGCUGCCGAAGAAACACCUAUUUUUAAUAAAUAUAAACGAUUUCUGUUUAAACAACGUCCUAUAAAAAUGGCAGAAGAAGCAAAGAAGCGGAAAAUUUCCGAUGCUGAGCCCGAGACUUCGGCGCCAUCGGUGAAGAUGCCUCACAUCCAGUGCCCGUACCUGGACACUAUAAACCGGCACGUAUUGGACUUCGACUUUGAGAAGUUGUGUUCGGUGUCGUUGACUCGGAUCAACGUGUACGCUUGCCUCAUUUGCGGGAAAUAUUUCCAGGGCAGAGGCACCAAUACUCAUGCGUACACCCAUUCCGUGGCCGAUGGGCACCAUGUGUUCCUCAACCUGCACACACUCAAGUUCUACUGCUUGCCGGACAACUAUGAGGUUAUUGAUUCCUCGCUAAAUGACAUCAAGUAUGUGCUGAACCCGGUGUUCACUCCAGAGCAGAUCGCCCAGAUGGACUCUAACACGAAGCAGUCUCGGGCCAUUGACGGCACAAUGUAUAUGCCGGGCAUUGUGGGACUCAACAACAUCAAGGCUAACGACUACUGCAAUGUCAUACUACAGUGCCUCUCCCAAGUGCGGCCCCUGCGCAACUACUUCCUACGCGAAGCGAACUACGCCAACGUGAAGCGGCCGCCGGGCGACUCGCUGUUCCUGCUCGUGCAACGGUUCGGCGAACUGAUACGCAAGCUGUGGAACCCGCGCGCGUUCAAAGCCCAUGUGUCACCUCAUGAGAUGCUGCAAGCUGUCGUGCUGUGGUCUAAGAAACGGUUCCAGUUUAUUAAACAAAGUGAUCCAGUGGACUUCCUCUCCUGGUUCCUAAACUCCCUGCACAUGGCGCUCAACGGCACGAAGAAGGCCGACAGCUCCAUCAUAUACAAGUCGUUCCUCGGACACAUGAGGAUAUACACGAGGAAACUGCCACCUCCUGACGCGGAUGACGCAGCGCGAGUGGACCUAAACAGUGACGAAUACAAGGAGCUGAUAACCGAGUCUCCCUUCUUAUACCUGACGUGCGACUUGCCUCCCACGCCGCUCUUCACCGACGAGUUUAGAGAGAACAUCAUCCCGCAGGUGAACCUCUACCAGCUACUAUCCAAAUUCAACGGGCAAACCUCCAAAGAAUACAAGACGUACAAGGAGAACUUUCUCAAGCGGUUCGAGAUCACGCAGCUGCCGCCGUACCUCAUACUGUAUAUCAAGCGGUUCACAAAGAACACAUUCUUUGUGGAAAAGAACCCCACCGUCGUCAACUUUCCUGUCAAGAACGUAGACUUCGGUGACAUCCUCACGCCUGAGAUCAAGGCGAAACACAACGGUCGGACGACGUACGAGCUCGUGGGCAACAUCGUUCACGACGGCGCGCCCGAGAAGGGCACCUACCGGGCUCACGUACUCCAUAAACCAACGCAGCAGUGGUACGAAAUGCAAGACCUUCACGUGACCAGCAUCCUACCGCAGAUGAUUACGCUCACCGAAGCCUACAUACAGAUCUACGAACUCAACCAAGACCCCAAACCUUAGCCUAAGAAUAAAAACCUCCAAUAAAA